UGCGUUAGAACUGUUAGUGUUAGCUUUAAUUUAAGGUGGUGUAUUAAGCAAUUGUGGAAGUAUAAUAAGUGGAAGUCAUUAUUAUUAUUAUAACAGUCUUCGUUUUAGCAUGACCUGUUCUAAAUAAUAAGUCUUCAGAAUAGAACAUAUAUAUAUAUAUAUCAAGAUGCUUUCAAGAAACAAUUUUGAUGAAACGAGAAACAAUGUUAAUGAAAUGCCAUUGGUGGAACUAACAAAAGAACAGGAAAAGUGUGAUUAUAAGGAAUCACACUACCGGCUUCAUGUUAGCCAUGUUACCUUUCAGCGAAUGUACAGAGUUAACUAUCUUGGUCAGGCAGUACUUGAUCCACGGUAUACCCAGCCUAUGUUACCAUGGAUAAUAGCUGAGGUCAGGAGGACAGCUCAUCAUCGACAAACUAAGAUAGAAAUUUUUAUUGAGGUGACUGAUUCAUCAUUAAAAGCGUUGAUGGCAGAUGAUAAUCAGGUUUUAUUUGAACAUAAUCUUCAGAAUAUCUCCAAGUUUGCUCAAACUUCUCAGGAUCACAGUUGCUUCUCAUAUUUGACCCGAGACAAUCCAGAACUGCCCAUGGCAUGCCAUGUCUUCCAGGCUGAUGAUGAGAGUACUGUUCUAGAGCUGUUCACCAGUAUGAGAGAAAUGACAAAAGAGAUGAGUCAUCAGUCUUCUAUAUCAAGUGCUUUUAGCUGGGGCAACUCUUCAUGGUUGGACAACUUAUUAACCAACUCUCAGCAGUAUGAAGUACUCUAUAUUGGCAAAAUCAAGGUUUCUCAUAAAAGAGCACCACCAUCGUUUAUUGAUGAAGCAGUAGAAAAAUUCAGACUUUAUGAACUUGAGAAGUUACGAGCCAAGCAAGACCAGGAAAAGUCUCAGCACAGGCAGCGACGUGACAGUGGAGCCAGCUGUAAGAGCCUUCCACACAGUUUGGAGAUGGUAGUAGAACCCAUAGAAAAUCACUUGGCUGAUCAGGUGGUUGGAAAUGAGGAGAACCAAAGUGUCAAAGGUUCUCUAGAAAAUGAAAUGGAGUCUUCUGUGAACCGUAGUCGGCAAGGAAGUGGAGAUAGUAUGGAGUUCUCUCUUAGACCUCUUGACAGUAAUGAUAGUAUGUCAAGAUCAGUGAUGGACACACGAUCUCUGGUGACACAUACUCAGAGUAUGGACACAGCUGCCCGAUCAUCUGUUAUCCAAAGUUUACAUGACUACGAAGUGAAAAGAUCAUCUUCUCAACACUUAUUGCUUCCUCCUGAGGACCAUUCACUCAUUACUCACACCCAGAGUCUUGAUGCUCCAACCAAAGCUGCCAUUGUGAAUGACUUGCAGGGCUGUGGUGAGUCUACCCGGGUCAGGUCUUGCAGUGGUGACAUGCCACGAGCUACCAAACAGAACUCACUUCCUAUUUAUCGAGCCCGUGUUAAUAGUGGGAGCAGCAUUGACUUUGGUCGUUCUCGCUCUCGACAACAAGGAAACCGUACUAUGCUAUUCCUUAUUGGACGUAUGGAACUCUGUUUUAUCAGCACUGAUAAGAAGCAAGUUUUACUCAACCGAAUGUUUAAUGACAUCUCUCACUGUUCUCAAGGAGUUAAGAGUCCAGAUCAUUUUGGAUUUAUCUGUAGAGAGAUACUGUCAGGGGCUGAUACUUAUGUUGGAUAUGUUUUUCGUUGCCAAAGAGAACAAGUGGUAGAUGAAGUGAUGUUUUCCCUAAAACAAGCUUUCCAUAGUGCUCACCAGACUUUCCAGCAACAACAAGUGGCACGAAACCAAACCUUUAUGUGUGAGAGCUGUCCAAUGCAUUGGUUUCAUCGCCUCUGUCUUGAUAUUGAAGGCCUGCCUUCUGAAAACAUUCAUGAUCAUAUAAGAAAAUGGUUGGGAAAACUAUCUGAAGAAGAAAAGGAAGAUAUAAUUUUGAGAUACAAGGGAACUGAAACAACAACUUUACAAGAAAAGAAUGAAGUGUUGAUGAUGCUGUUCAGAAGUUACUUUGAGAGAAAACAGAUGAAACAUACUCAUGCGACAAAUGGCAAUCAUAGCAACAGAUGUGAGAUUGGUUUUUUUGAAAAAAAAAGCUCUUCUAAACUGGAUUCCUUUAAGGAAAAAGCAAGAAAAUCGUUAUCAAGCUCUUUUGAAAACAUUCUGAAGAGAAAAGUAAAAGAAGACCCAAGGGAAAGGUCAGGUACAACAGAGUCAGAGCCAACUAGCAGGAUAACCAGUGAAGACCAUUCAGAGACUUCCUUUAUCGGUAACGAUAAACAUAUACAGCGAGAAAGAAGUUAUGAUGUGUGGGACUCUCAAGCAGGUAAUGAGAAGGAAAGGUUGUCACCUGUCCAACAACGUCCACGUAGCUCAACAUUCAGUACAGUUAAAGAAGCCCAGAAACAAGUGUUGAAGAAAACUGGAACGGACACAACUUCUUCAGCAGAAAAGUCACCCCAGCAUCAAGUCAGCCCAAUGAUGAACAUAUUCAUGAAAGUGGGAAAUCGAACUGUUGCUGAAGAUGGUGCAAAGACACCAAGUAAACAGGGAUCAUGGCGACAAGUCAUUUUCCAGAGAGUUCAGACUCCGAUUCAGGAAAGAAAAGCUUUACUUGAGGAACAUCUGAAACCAGAAGACUCUUUAGAGCCUCCAGGAUCUUCUGAAAAAGUUGCAUCUCUGAGCAAGCGUUCCAAAUCCGAGUUGCGUGCCUUAUGGAAGAAAGCCAUAAUGGAGCAGAUUAUUUUGAUCCGUAUGGAAAAAGAAAAUAGAAAACUGCAAGCCCGACAGAAUGCUGUCUCUAACAAAAGAUUAAAACUGGACUAUGCAGAAAUCACACCUUGUCUUAAAGAUGCCCAAAAGCAAUGGGACAAACUUCUCAGUACUCCAAACCGGUCAAGUGUGUGUUUUAGUCUUGGUAAACUGAAAGAAACUGUCAAAAAUGGAGUACCUCGUCACAGACGUGGAGAAGUGUGGCAGUUCCUUGCUGAGCAGCAGCAGCUCCACACUUUCACGCCAGCCUCUGUGCCUGAAACUGUUGAUCUUAGUCAGUCUUACAGUGAACUUCUAAGUCAACUGACUUCCCAACAACAUGCUAUUCUCAUUGAUCUAGGACGCACGUUUCCCAGCCAUCCUUAUUUCUCUCAACCUCUUGGUCCUGGUCAACUUGCUCUCUUCAAUCUGUUGAAGGCCUACUCACUACUCGACACUGAGGUUGGUUACUGUCAAGGGCUCAGUUUCGUAGCAGGGAUCCUGUUGCUUCAUAUGUCGGAAGGACAAGCUUUCCAAAUGAUGAAACAUAUCCUCUUUCUUCUCGGAUUCCGAAGGCAAUAUAAACCAGACAUGGUAGCUUUACAGGUCCAGAUGUAUCAACUGUCUAGAUUACUUCAUGAUCAACAUCGUGAUGUUUACUCCCACUUGGAGAGUUAUGAAAUUGGGCCAACACUAUAUGCAGCUCCAUGGUUUCUCACUCUUUUUGCUUCUCAGUUCUCCUUAGGUUUUGUAUCCAGGUUGUUUGACUUGAUAUUUCUACAAGGUAUUGAAGCAGUUUUUAAAGUGGCACUAGUUUUACUUAGUAACCACAGGGAGCUUCUACUGCAGUGCUGCAGUUUUGAAUCAAUAAUGGAAUUUCUCAAGACCACAUUACCAUCAAUGGGAAUAAUUCAAAUGGAAAGGAUUUUUAACCAGGUAUUUAAUCUGGACCUUAGUAAACAACUUCAAGCAUAUGAAGUAGAAUAUCAUGUCUUACAAGAAGAAAUGCUUUACAGUCCAGACCGUGCAGAUGAUGACCUAUUUCAAAAACUGGAAACUGUAAAUCGAAAUCUGAAACGGCAGAACAUGGAACUGCUAGAGCAACUGCAGGUAGCACACACCAAUGUCCAUACCUUGGAGAUGUCGGUCACUUCCUACCAGAACACUGUGAAACGACUGGAAGACAGGGUAAACUCUCUUCAGGAUGAAAGGGAUGCUCUUCUACACAGUGUGAAUGUAAUGCGCAAGAAAAUGGAACGUUUAGAAGUGUCACGAAUAGGAUCAGACACUGAUGAUGACAGUUGGGCUCCAUCUCUUUCUGUUAUUCGAGGUAUUCAUGGGAAAGAGGAGAGUGUCGACUUUGACCCUUUAGAACUUUCUGAUCUUCUUCAUAUUGGAUCUUCUGAUAUAACUAAUACAAGUCCUUAUGAUCAUGUCAUCGUAAAAGAUACUCAACAAGAAUUGGUAUAUAAUCAUAGCAGAAGGUGUGAUAUUAACAAUCAGAUGGUAGGGGAUUUUACAGAAAGUAAUAAUACAGACAAACAGAUGAUAGAAGACUGUACAAAAAUUCAUGAUACAGACAAACAGAUGGUAGUGGACUGUACAGAGAGUCAUGAUACACACAAACAGAUGGCAGAGGACCAUACAGAAAGUUAUGAUACACACAAACAGAUGAUAGGGGGCCAUUCAAAGAGUCAUGGUACAGACAAGCAGAAUAUAGUUAGGUGUAAAGAAAGUCAUGAUACAGUCAAGCAGAUGGUAGGAGACCAUACAAAAAGUCAUGAUACAGUCAAGCAGAUGGUAGGAGACCAUACAAAAAGUCAUGAUACAGGCAAGCAGAUGGUAGGAGACCAUACAAAAAGUCAUGAUACAGGCAAGCAGAUGGUAGGAGACUCUACAGAAAGUCAUGAUACAGGCAAGCAGAUGGUAGGAGACUCUACAGAAAGGCAUGAUACAGGAAAACAGAUGUUUGGGGACUCUACAGAAAGUCAUGAUACAGAUAAACAGAAUAUUGUCAGAUGUAAAGAAAGUCAUGACAAAAACAAAGAAUAUGACUGUAGAAAGAGUUGUGGCACAGGAGCAGAUAAAAAAAGCAAGAGUUGUACUAUAGAAUCUAGAUGAGUUUUUCACAUACUUAUUAUACCAAUGAACAGAAAGUAAGCAGUAGUACUGACAACCCCUCACAGAGAAAAAAACAGUUUCCUAUUGAAUGAGAAACUUGGGUCAUUGUCUUAGAAAAUAUUGCAACAGUAAGUGUUUAUAUCUGGUAAAUUAUUGAAACUUAAACUAAUGUUUGUUAGUUGUGAGGCUCUUUACCAAAAUGUUCAUUUCCACGUGUCGCUCAACCAAGAACACUAACAAAGUAUCCUAUUCUGUUAAAAGUGUAUUGUAACUCACUAUUUCAAGUGCCCUUUUAAAAGUAUGUUUUAGUACAAACUGUCUGAACUACCUUUGUUCUGUUUCACUAACCACUUUUAAAAGUAUAUUUUAGUACAAACUGUCUGAACUACCUUUGUUCUGUUUCACAAACCACUUUUAAAAGUAUAUUUUAGUACAAACUUUAUCAACUACCCUUACGUUCUUUCACAUACCCUUUUUGCAAGUGUACUCUCGUACUUGUUUAUUUAACUACCAUUGUUCUGUGUCUCUUACUAUUUUAAAAGGUAUUUUCUGGUGCUAACCAUUUCACCUACCUGUUUCCUUUUCAAAAUAUGUUUUAUGAUAAUAUUUGUCUUGUUUCAAUUUUCUGAGAAAUCUGUUUCAUUUUGAGUUCAAGAUCUUACUUUUGGAAGUAAUGUUAGAGAGUGUGAGCUCAUGACCAACUUGUUAACAUUAGAGUUGAAGAGUAAGUUAUGCUGUGGUUAGUCAGAAAUAUUGAAGACAUAAAAAGUAAAUGUUGAUAAAAUAUGAAUAUAUCUAGUCAUUGAAGUUAUGGAACUAAAGUUUAUAAUACAAACCACGGAUACUUUAGUAACCUGAAACAAUGGUUAAUAGAUGGUGAAUUGAGGUUUGAAGGCUGGUAUUUUUUGUUUUUAUUUUUCAACUCUCAGAUACUCUAGAGCAGAACACUUUAUAUAAUAUCUUUUUGUGGAACUACAGUGUAUGGAAUAAUAUAUACUUAGGAGAACAUGGGUAUCUUUGUGGAACUACAGUGUAUGAUAUAACAUAUACUUAGGAGAACAUGGGUAUCUUUGUGGAACUACAGUGUAUGAUAUAUACUUAGGAGAACAUGGGUAUCUUUGUGGAACUACAGUGUAUGAUAUAACAUAUACUUAGGAGAACAUAGGUAUCUUUGUGGAACUACAGUGUAUGAUAUAUACUUAGGAGAACAUGAGUAUCUUUGUGGAACUACAGUGUAUGAUAUAACAUAUACUUAGGAGAACAUGGGUAUCUUUGUGGAACUACAGUGUAUGAUAUAUACUUAGGAGAACAUGAGUAUCUUUGUGGAACUACAGUGUAUGAUAUAACAUAUACUUAGGAGAACAUGGGUAUCUUUGUGGAACUACAGUGUAUGAUAUAACAUAUACGUAGGAGAACAUGGGAGUAUUUUGACCAUUUGAUAAAACAGUGUUUUAAUGAGUCUAAUAACUUGAUGCCAUGUCAGUUAUAACAUACUAAAAUAGAAUAUUUUCACUUCAAGACAUUUUGUUACAUUGAAAUUGUGUACCCUCUGUUUUGAUAAUAAAACAGUAUUUU